AAAAGUGACAUUGAGCUUAUUGAAAGGAGAGGGGAGCGGUUUACCUAUUUCAGUGAGCGGAGAAUAAACAAUCGAUUUUAUACUGCUUGUAUACUGUUUAAAACAAAAAUAUGCAGAAGUACGAAAAAUUAGAAAAAAUCGGCGAGGGGACGUACGGUACUGUAUUCAAGGCUAAGAAUAAAGAAACACAUGAAAUAGUAGCUUUGAAACGGGUGAGGUUAGAUGAUGACGAUGAAGGAGUACCGUCCUCCGCUUUACGUGAAAUAUGUCUGCUGAAAGAACUGAAGCAUAAGAAUAUAGUCCGGCUGUACGACGUCUUGCAUAGUGAAAAGAAAUUGACACUUGUAUUUGAACACUGUGAUCAGGAUUUGAAGAAAUAUUUUGAUAGUUUGAAUGGUGAGAUAGAUCUGGAUGUUGUGAAGUCUUUUAUGUACCAGCUGCUCCGUGGACUAGCCUUCUGCCAUAGCCACAAUGUCCUGCACCGAGACUUGAAGCCACAGAAUUUGUUGAUAAAUAAAAAUGGCGAGUUGAAAUUAGCUGACUUUGGGUUGGCUAGAGCCUUUGGGAUCCCUGUGAAGUGUUAUUCCGCGGAGGUUGUGACUCUGUGGUACCGGCCCCCUGAUGUUCUGUUUGGCGCCAAGCUGUACACGACGAGCAUCGACAUGUGGUCUGCUGGGUGUAUAUUUGCUGAGCUUGCUAAUUCUGGGAGACCUUUGUUCCCUGGAUCUGAUGUCGAUGAUCAAUUGAAAAGGAUUUUCAAGCUUCUGGGAACUCCAAAUGAAGAUACAUGGCCUGGUGUGACACAGCUGCCUGACUACAAGCCCCUGCCAAUAUACCAGCCUAGCUUAGGGCUGGCACAGGUAGUGCCUCGUCUCCCAGCACGAGGCAGGGACCUCCUUGCCCGUCUCCUCACCUGCAACCCAGCCUUGAGGAUGCCCGCCGACGAUGCCAUGGCCCAUGCCUACUUCCAUGACCUCAAUCCAUCAGUAAAGAAUGACCGAUGUUAACAAUCAAUACGUCCGUACCGCUGCACCUCAGAACUACUGGUUAGUGAUAAAAACAAUGAUGUUGAUGCGGUGCAAGAGUGUUGUGACGAAGAAACUUAAAUAGUACAUAAGGACAAUGACAUGUUGUACGUAUAGUGGACCCAGUGAAUUUAUAAGUGUAGUUGGUGUGAUGUUUGCAUUUGUUUUGUAAAUUAUUUUGUUAUGUUUUCUUUUUUGCUGUAAUUUUAUGUGUAUUUAGCUAGCGCUAGGGGGUUAUUUAUUACAGAAGAAAACUAGUGUUUAUUCAGUUGUCAAUGCUGUUGUAAUAACAUAAUCAAUUGUUGACAUGCAAUAACCUUGGCCUCAGUUACGUCAAGACUACAAUAUUUAUCUUGAAAUUACUUCAAAGUAGGUUCACAUACUUUUGAUAUUAGAUUUCCAUGAUCUCAUUGUAUAAUGCUAAUUUAUUGAAUUGAUAUUAAUAUGCUUCACCAAAGUGAGAUUUAUUUAAAAAGGUAAUGAUUUUAUCUACAUUUGAAAUAAAAAUGCUCUUGUUAUUAAAUAUACAAAUCAAUUACUUGUACUUAAUAUUAAAUUAAGGUUUGAAUUUGUAAUAAACGUAAAAUCUUUUAUAGUCAAGUAAUAAACAUUAAUAGUAAAAUACAAAUAACUUU